GUGUGUGCUGCGGUUUGUGCACAGCGUUAGUAUAACAUGAGACUGGAUGGAGCCAGUUCCCGGAGGACUUCCUUGCCUGCUGCAGGAAGGAGAGAGUGGAUACAAACCUGGGUGCAGCCAGAAAGGUCCAGAUAGAUGAGCUUGUGGCAUCCAUUCCCUAAAUUCAGGGACUACUUGUACCUCAGCUGGGUCUCAUUGUUCCUGAACUACACUAGUUAAAAUUACUCAAACUUGGGUUUCAAAGGAAUAGUUUUAUUGUUCCAUCUGUCACACCAAGUAAUUGGGGCCAGCUGGAUGUCAGGAUGCGUGUGGUUACCAUCAUAAUCCUGCUCUUCUUUUGUAAAGCUGCUGAGCUCCGCAAAGCAAGCCCCAGGGGUUCGAGAAGCCGAGUAAAUCAUGGCCGGGCUGGUGGGGGCCGCCGAGGCUCCAACCCUGUCAAAAGAUAUGCACCAGGCCUCCCUUGCGAGGUGUACACGUAUCUUUACGAGAAGUACAUUGAUUGUCAAGAAAGAAAGCUAGUUUAUGUGCUGCCUGACUGGCCUCAAGAUUUGCUGCACAUGCUAUUAGCAAGAAACAAGAUCCGUAUAUUAAAGAACAACAUGUUUUCCUCAUUCAAAAAGUUGAAAAGCCUGGAUCUACAGCAGAAUGAGAUCUCCAAAAUUGAGAGUGAGGCUUUCUUUGGUUUAAGUAAACUUACCACUCUCUUACUGCAGCACAACCAGAUCAAAGUCUUGACAGAAGAAGCGUUCAUUUAUACACCUAUCCUCAGCUACUUACGUCUUUAUGACAAUCCCUGGCACUGUACUUGUGAGAUGGAAACACUUAUUUCAAUGUUGCAGAUUCCAAGAAACAGAAAUUUGGGGAAUUAUGCCAAGUGUGAAAGCCCACAAGAACUAAAAGAUAAAAAACUGCGGCAGAUAAACUCUAAACACUUAUGUAAUGAAGAAGAAAAGGAACAACCAGACCCCAAACCCCAACUAUCAGGGAGACCCCCAUUCAUUAAGCCUGAAGUGGACUCUACUCUUUGCCACAUUUACGUGUUUCCCAUACAAACGCUGGACUGCAAAAGGAAAGAGUUGAGGAAAGUUCCAAACAAUAUCCCUCCAGAUAUUGUGAAACUUGACCUGUCAUACAAUAAAAUCAAGCAACUUCCACCCAAAGAGUUUGAAGAUGUUCACGAGCUAAAGAAAUUAAACCUCAGCAGCAAUGGCAUUGAAUUCAUAGAUCCUGCUGCCUUUUUAGGGCUCACACAUUUAGAAGAGUUAGACUUAUCGAACAACAACCUACAAAACUUUGACUAUGGAGUAUUGGAAGACUUGUAUUUUUUGAAACUUUUGUGGCUCAGAGAUAACCCUUGGAGAUGUGACUACAGCAUCCACUACCUCUACUACUGGUUAAAACACCACUACAAUGUCCACUACAAUGGCCUGGAGUGCAAAAUGCCUGAAGAAUACAAAGGGUGGUCUGUGGGGAAGUACGUUCGCAGUUACUAUGAAGAAUGCCCCAAAGACAAAUUACCAGCAUACCCUGAAACAUUUGAACAGGAAACGGAAGAUGAUGAGUGGGAAAAAAUACAUAGAGAACGCACAGCAAAGAAGCAGAGUGUAAGAAUCACUAUAGUAGGAUAGCUUAGGAGUCGUCACCGCUAGUUUUAUAUUGUAUACUGGUGUCAGGAAAUUGUAUGUUUACAUUUUAAUUAACUGUAUUGCCUAUUUAUACAGGGCUAUCAAAGAAGUUUCUUUUAAUUAUUUUAUUAUUUUUGUUGUGGGAGUUAUAGUAAUCUGGUUGCAGAACAGCCUUUGGUGACACCAGGCAACUACACCUGGUAUUGUUACACCAGGUAACUAGCAGGAGGCUGAGUCCUUAUGAUGGUAUUAGAGUUUCUGUAAUGUUCUGUAUAAAUAUUUUUACUUUCUGAAAAUAAUAAUUUUUUUUUCAUUUCACAUAUUUUUCAGUAGCUUCUUCUGCAUCCCUAAAGAUGAUUAAAG